CACUGCCGGUGGGAUCAAAGGUCAAGGCGGUAUCCCAUGACGAUGCCCGUCAGCUGGUGCCAGGUUUGAGCACUGUGGCCGUGGUCGAGGGAACGGCGGGCAGCCGCGGAACUUUGCCAUCAGUAUACGUCGAGGGAAGCGCGGGCGGAGGCCGGGCGUCCGGCCCGCGGGGCCCGGCAAGUGGCUGGCUGGGCCAUGGGCAGCAGCGCCAGCAGUCCAUUACAGGGAGAGGCCGGUGGAGGCUGUGCGGAUUGGGGCGUGGAGUAAGGGCUGCGACAUGUGGGAGCCUGGCCUGACUGGGCCUGGAACGGCCAACAGGAAUGAGGAGAUCGGGGAGCUGAUCGAUCAUUUCUCCAAACACCAGUACCGGGCCAAGGAGGCCAACGCCAAGGUAGAGAAGAUUGAAAAUCGCUGUCUGGAAUUGUUCAGGAAAGACUAUGUGUACAGUGUGAUUCAGAAUCCAAACGGAGAGCUUUGUGGGCAUUACCCCCGCCAGAUCAUCUUCAAAGAGUAUGCAAGCACAGAGGGUGGUAAAGACAGAUUUGAGAGCACAGUUCAAACAAGUAAAUUGCAGGACUUUGUAAGCCGUAGCAAGAUGGCAAGAUGUCGUAGUCGUUUUGUGUGCCCAGUCAUUUUAUAUCAAGGAAAGCACAUUUGUCGGUCAGCAACACUAGCAGGAUGGGGAGAACUAUACGGACGCAGUGGAUAUAACUACUUAUUCUCAGGAGGAUCUGAUGAUGCAGGGGCAGAAUCUGACGAAGUGCCUGAUGACUAUGUUGUACGAAAUGGUGAUUCCCAGUUAUUCGAUAAGGUUCGAGGUCAUGACAUAAAGCUGCUUCGCUAUCUUUCUGUUCGUUACAUUUGUGACUUGAUGGUAGAGAAGAAGAAAGUGAAGUUUGGACUGAAUGUGACCUCAUCUGAGAAGGUGGACAAAGCACAGCGAUAUGCAGAUUUCACCUUAUUAUCUAUACCGUAUCCAGGUUGUGAAUUUUUUAAGGAUUACAAGGAUCGAGACUACACAGCUGAAGGGCUGGUGUUCAAUUGGAACCAGGAUUUUGUUGAUGCACCAUUGAAUAUCCCUCCUUCCCUGACUGAGAAUCUCAAUAUUGAUUGGAGAGAUUAUCAGUCUUGGGAUCUUGUUCAACAGACACAGAAUUACCUGAAGCUACUCAUUCAUAUAAUAAACCGGGAUGAAAACAGUGGUUUGUUAGUGCACUGUAUUUCUGGUUGGGAUCGAACACCACUCUUUAUCUCUCUUCUUCGUCUCUCACUGUGGGCUGAUGGACUUGUACAUGUUUCUCUAGAGCCUGUGGAAAUCCUUUAUCUAACCAUUGCGUACGAUUGGUUCCUUUUUGGACACAUGUUAUCUGACAGGCUUAGCAAAGGGGAGGAGAUUUUUUUCUUUUGCUUCAAUUUUUUGAAGCACAUCACCUCAGAAGAGUUCUCUGCAGAGAAAAAGCUGAGAAGGAAGAACACACAAAAAGAAACUGAGUUUCCAGUGGAUGAUCUGUGUACAUUGGCUCAUACAGACCGAGGAAGUACCACCAGUCUGGGCAGUGAUUUCUCAGUCAUUUUGGAGGAGUCUCCCACUACUGCAGGAAGUUUCAACUAUGAGGCUGUAGAAUUAACAACAGGCCCAGCAACACAGGUGGCUUGGAGAAGAGGAAGGACAUCAUCACCACAGACUGUUGCGUGGAAUCAAGCACACUUGCCUAACCAGGCAGAAGACCGGUUCUUGCACCCUGGUGUAUCCGAACCUAAGCCAUCAUUCUGCCAGCUGGAAAAUAACUUCCUGAGAACUGGUAGUAGCCCCUUGGCUGUUCCAGAAAGAAGCUCCACAGAGUAUUCCCUUUCUUCAUCCUCUUCCACGGAUUAUGGCAGCUGGCAGAUCGUGUCUGGCUGUGGCAGUAUUCAUGACCCGGCUAUAGUUACCAAUGACUCACCUCUCCCCUUCAACGUUCAAGAUGAUGGAGCCAAUGGGAGACUACAUCCACACGUCCCAGAACGAAGGGCCAAGCUAGAGGAAGUCAGAGCCAUAUUCUUGUCUGCAUACAGUGCAACUGUAGGCCUCAGAUCCAUAUCUUCCAGCCCGUCAGCCAUUGGUGGACUUCUAGAACAGUUUGCCCGUGGAGUUGGACUGAGAGGCACAAACAGCAUUGUCUGACACAAUCUGUGUCUUUUUUUAAUCUGUGGAUCACUGUGAAAUGCCAAAGAUGGACUUAUGAAUUUGCUAUUCAAACAUUUUCUUCUUUUGAUCAUAGACUGUGAUUACUACUUAGAAAAGUACUUCUUCUAUUGAACCAUAUUUCUAAAAGCUGAAGAUAUGCAGUUCCCCUCUUUCCUCCUCUUCUGUGCGUCUAUGUAUUGAAGUGAGCAAACCAGCCCUAGUUCAGGACUUGAGAUGGGGCUGUUCAUCCUUGAAGUACUAUUGUUCUCUUUAUAUUUAUAUUUGAGAGCUUCAAAAAUGGGUGGCUUUGAAUGGCUAUUGCAAGCUGAAACAUCCUACAUUGAAUCACAAUGUCAGAGGUAGUAGUGAAUCUGGUCAGUAAUAUUCUUAUGCAGCUUUGAAGCUUGUAAAGUUACUUCUCAAGCUAGUCAGGUAAGGUUAAAGUUAGUAUGAUAAUGGUUUUGUAAAAUUUUUACUUAUUUUACCCUAUUAAACUGAAAAAUCUUAAUCCCAGUGGUUUAUAAAUUUACUGUAAUAAGCCAUUAUAGUAAUUUCAUUUUUGACUACAAUAUGCUAACCAGUAGGUGGAAAUUGCAGGAAGACUUGUUUGGUUAGAUUGAUUAGCACCUUGGCUGAAGUAAUGCAGACAGGCUAUCUGUCGUGUCCAGCCAUCACAAUGAUUCCUGUGAUUUUGGCAAAUUGUCUGUGGCGUCUCUCAGAUUUGAAAAGAUUUUGUCCACCUUGCCUUUCCAAUGACUCAAUUGAUUUGAAAAUGACUUGUCAGCAUAAGAAUGCAGUAGCAGAAUAGUAGAUUUACAUUAGCAGAUUUAAUUCAGCACUGUUCUGAGAUUAUUUCUAUUUUGAAUAUAUUAACCUGCUUUAAAACUUGACUAUUUUUGUAACCUAUGGAUUCUGUUGUAUAGUUUAGACUUUACAGGGGCGUUGCCUUAAAAUAAACAGACAUCUGUCAUCUUGGGAGAAGCCUUUUUUAAAAAAAACACAAAAAUGAUCCUGUAUUAUAGUCAAAAUAUUGAACUGUGAAAUAGACACUGAACUCUUGAAGUCUGUGAAACAAAUACUCCAUUAAAAAAAAAUCAAUUUUGCAGUUAGCCAAAAUUGCAGUUUUGGAACUGAAUAUAACAAAGUAUUAAAAAUAUUUGAUUCUAAGUAAGCUUAUUAAAUAGUUAUUUCCAGCAAAACAUUUUCCUCUUGGUGCAACUCCAAGAUUGAAAACAAAAUCAAUAUUAGCCGCAUCAUAUCAACCCAUAAUUGUUGAUUCCAGGUAUGUUUUCUCUCUCCAGGCUGUUCAAAGAGAAAUGUUAUUAUUAAAAUACGUAUAGUAAGAUCAACCACUUACUGCAUGGUCUUUUCCAAAAUAUCACAACAGGGAUCUAGAUCUUGCUGCCUCCACCUUUUGCUCUUGGAUGUCAAGGCUAAGCAUAUCUGUCUGGACAAUCAACAUUCAACCAAAUCUGUUGUCCAAAUCUCAUGAGCAUUCAUCUGUGUUUCUCUGAAUUAGUUACAUAAUGCUUUUAAAUUUGCUUUCCAAUAACAGCAUGUCCUCCAGUUCUACCUGACUGGGUUCAUGUGAAUAUAAAUCAUAUUUACUUUCUCUGACAUUUAAUACACAAUAUGACCGUCUUUAUCCCUCCCAAACUCCCUUUACCAUUAGACUGGAGUAGCUUUUAAAACUGUAAUAAGUGUUCAUUUGUUGUACAAAAUACAUUAAUCUUUGUAACAAAUUAAGUUGGUUAUUGUUCUGAAUACGAAUAUUUCAAUUCUGGCCAAAUUUACCUAGAUCUUUUAAAAUUCAGAAUCUGCUGACAGGCCUGUUGUACACUUUGAUUAUUAAGUUAUUUCAGACUUCCAGCAUUUACAUUUUUCAAAAGCUACGGUUCAUUUAUAUAUUUCCCACACUUACUAAGCAUAAAUUUAAAAUGGUGCUUAAUCAGUAUUGCAAACGUUAUUGCUAUUUUUUUAUUGGAAGUAAUAGAACAGAAAUCAUUAGUGAACGUUAGAUUAAAGUGACCUGGUUAAUAAUUUAGAUAAUGUGUAUUAGGAUUAAUCCACAAUUUAGCAUGUAUUUUGUAUAUUUGAACUGUUGCAUUAUGUUGAUGUAUAUGUGGGCUGUGAUUGCCUAGCAAAAUAUUUUCAUUAUAUGUGAAUUAAAGUUCUUUAAAGCUCUCAGAUUUUUACAUAACAUGUUACUUUAAAGGACUUGUUUUGAUGGAUUUCCACUGCAACCCUCUGACUUUUAGUUAUUUAGAUUUGUUUCAGGUUAGUGUUUCAGCAAAAUCUAGCAUCAUAUUUACCAACACCCUAAAAUGUUUCACUUCAUUACUUUUACUGUGAACUUUGCUCUUCUGUAUUAACCAUGUAUCCAAAUGUUAUGGAGCCAAAUUUCUUGUGAGCAACAGUUUAUUAUGGAUAUUUUCUUAUGGUGUACUCUAAGAUUAAACCCAGAAAGAUGAUAUGUAACCUCCUGAUCAUUGUGCUUUUGAGGAAUACGUUAGCUUAUUAAAAUGUUUUUCUCUGAAGACAACUUGCAAUUUAACUUCCUGGAGCCUUUUUUUGGAUAACUACAUCACUGUAGAGAACGCUGAUUUACUACUCUAUUUGUGAUGACCAGCAUUGCAGUACCACCACAGUGCCAACAUUAAGAGCUGCUUUAAAGCAUCAGUGCUAUUCAUUAAAAUCUUUCCACACAACUUCUACUAUUUUCAUAUGCAGAGACAUUAGUAUUUAACUCCUUUAACCAUUUGGAGGUCUGAUAAUGUAAAUAAAAAGCAUUUUUGUUUUUGUUAACAUGGGUAAUCCCUCAAAUAUUACUUUUAUCAAGAUAAGGUUGCUUUACAUUAAUAUGCAAAAUAUCUAACCAAUUUACUCCUCCAACGUCUUCUGCCCCACCCCCAUUUUCACUCAUGGUCGAACAUUUUUAACCGAUCUCUAAAAAGAAAUUUGCUUUUAGUCAAAAGGCAUCCCUGAAAAUUUUGAUAAUAAAGCCAUCUUGCACAAAUAUGUGCAUUUAAUUUUUCUCAUUAUUCCAUGUAGUUCUGGAAUGAUAACAUAUUAUGUGUCAGUAAUUUUGUCCAUUGCCAAUAAUUAUAUCCUUUGUAACCAGUAACAUGGCUCGAGUUUCCACACAGUACAACAUUUUUGCAGUAUCAUUUAAAGCUUCUGAUAGUCCAUUUCUCAACAAAGAUGUUUGAUGUUCCUCGUGUUCUUUUAAAUCUGUCCUGAACAAGAGGAUUGUAGUUAACCCUUAAAAGUAUAUAUUUUCCCCAAUUGUGCAUGAUACUGCAAAGAGGAAUUCAACAGUUAUUUAGAGAAAAACAUUUUAAAACAAUAUCUUAUGUAACACUGGAUUGAAAUCCCUAGUUUUUACACUGCUAAUCAUUUUUAGACUACUUCUGAUUCCACCAUCACGUCUUGUAGGACACAUGGCAGCCUACCUGCUGGAGAGAACCCUAUUGCUCUUAUAUUGAGAAUUGUAAUACUGUAAUAUUACAGUAUAAUUGUAAUUGUAUUAUUUUUUAUUGAUGCAAUGCUGAGGGAAUGUAAAGAAUUUUGUUUUCUACAAAGAAAUGUUUGUGUAGUUGAAAUAAAAACUGAAAAUGUUGGGAAAGCUUGGGAAGCCAUGCACCAUCUGAGGAAAUAGACGAGGGCAAUGUUUCAGUUCUGUGAUGAGGGGCCCUUAAGGUGUCCCUGGUCUGAAAUAUUAACUACUUCUCUUUCUGUAGAUGCUGUCUGACCUUUAAUGUUCUGGCAUUUUUUGUUUUUAUUUCAGAUUUCUAGUAUCUGUAAUUUAUUGAUUUACCUUUUCGUAUAUUUUUCUCUCACUCAGCCCACUCAACCUUUUCAAGUCUGGAAGGCUAUAAUGACGUGUGUCACAAUGGCCAGUUAGCAAGGCAAACUCGUAUAUUGGAGCAUUUUUAAAACAUAGCCUAUUUGAUAUUGCCUGUUUUAUAAACAAGCCUGGAGACCUUGUUUUUGCUUGGACCUCUAAUCUCAGUCAAUCAUAUUGUUCUUAUUUUAUUUUCUUUAGUCUUUUCUUUCUGAUCUCAUGUGAAAAUACCAGUAUCCAAUAAGAAAUAAUGGCUUGAUGACCUUAAUUUAGUUAAUAUAUAUUGCUGAGCUAAGGCUUUGGGUUUCCAUAUUUGAGUCACUUAUCCUGAGGAAUUUUAGCAAAUAUGUUGUUAAUGUCCUGUGUAUAUUGUAAGAAUUAUUAAUGGAAUAUUCUGUUCUUUGUACCAAGAUAGGGUUUUCACAGAUUACUGUUCCAUGAAGUGCAAAAUCCUGUAAUAUUGUAAACUAAUGAUUCAGGACUUUCUGAACUUGAUUCAGGAAGUGCUUUCUGCAUGUGUAUAUAGUACAGUAUUUCAGUUUAAUUGAAAAGAAUAAAUUUGAAUUCUUCAGAAGGU